AUCCAAUAACAGCUUUAUGAUGAAGACGUCAUUUACAGCAGUUUAUUUAUCUAAAGUACACAUACUGUAAUUUCAUAAGAAAAUAUAAAUAAGAAAGCUUUCUUAAGAAUAACAGUUUCAAUCCGUGAAAGUUGAUAAAAGGAAAAACUGCAAAGUAUUUUAGUUUUUCUUUCUUUUUUUUAUCUACUCAUGUUUGUGCCUAUUUUGGCUACAAUCCAGCUUUUUUCCUUCACUCUCUUUCUCUAUCUCCAUUCCUUCAUUUUGCUGAAAAGCAGACUACUUUCUGAUCGAUUAAUCUCGUCUGGAACACUAGAAUAUAACUGAAGAAAAUUGAUAGAGAAGUUUUAUAUGAAAGAACGGUCGGAUACAUGGAUCCGUAGCAGAAAGAUGGGGAAUUGCGAAACUUGAAACGCCAUGUUGGAUAUUGGAAAACGAUUUUUCCGAAGAAUUCAGACGUUUCUGGUGGACCAGCCAGGUGCUGCCAUCGGAAAAAUGAAUUUAAAAUUUCCAACAAGUCACAGCCAGAUCGAAAAUCAAAUAGAAUCAUUUGUAACAAAUUUUAGAAAAAACGGUUCUGUUUUCUUUAGUAAUCUGAGUGUUGACUCUUGUGGUUCCAGUGUUGGACAAUUAACGCCUUCCGAUGAAAGUCUCUGCGAUCACCAUUUUUCGUCAAAAAAAGUCGGGCGAAUGGGACGAAGAUCGCCUUAUCCCAGAUCAUCGUGUUAUUAUGACUCUUCUUCAUGUGAAGAUAUCCUCCUCACUGAUAAUAUUAAUACUGUUUGAUAAGAAUUUCAUCGAGUAAUGUGUACUUCUAAUGAACUAUUUUUAUAUCUGCAUUGCCUGAGACAUUUUGAAUCUUCUACAGGAACGUACAACAUGAAUAAUUAAACAGCGCCGUAAAAAGAAAAGAGGACAGAGAUGACAAAAUUAAGCAUAGAGAAAAAGGUUAUUUGCAAUGAAUAAUGGAAGCAAAGUAAUUUAACUUUCAUUUCGAACACUUCCGAUUUUCAUUAAUCCGACUGACUUCAACCGGUUGUUGAAAACAAAACUUGAUAUUUCAUCAGCCGAUCAAAUUAAGAAAUAUGCUUGGAUGAUAUCGCUCUUCCUAAGCUUCAGAUUGCUUGUGCUGAUAAUGUUUCUGCAUGAUUUUAUCUUCUCCUUUGUAUACGUCACUGUAUAAUACUUAUCUGUAUCCACAGUGUAGGGCCUACAUCAAAUAUCUGUUACAAAUAAAUACCCUAAACUUGAUUACCAAAUUCUAAAAUACCCACAGUAUUUUUUUAAUUAAAAUAUAAUUUUCUCUUUAAUUAAUUUAUUAGAUUCAUCAAACAGUAGCGCGUUAUAGCUUCGUAAGACCCAGGCGAAUUUGAAUUUGGAAACCCCACGCACAGUAUUGACUUCUGGCAUUUUUUC